ACGGCGUCCCUACAACACUCCCACUUUCUCUCUCUAGAAAUUUGAUAUGAUUUAUGGCGGUCCUCUUCUAGAGAGAGAAAUUAAUAUCACAUUCUUCACUGCCAGCGCCAAUAUGCUCAAGCCUCUCUUGAUCUUCCUCUUCUUCUUCUUCUCCACUGCUCCUCAGCUUUCCUAUUCUCUUCAAGCACCUUAUGUGUUGAGAAUAAGCUGCGGAGCACGUAGUGAUGUGCAUACCCGGCCGACAAAUACCCAAUGGUCCAAGGAUUUUGCAUAUACUGGUGGGGUGUUUGCUAAUGCAACCCAGCCAAGUUUUAUCACUCCACCACUCAACACACUUCGACAUUUCCCUUUAUCAGAAGGUCCUGAGAACUGCUACAAUAUUGAUAAAGUACCUAGUGGUCACUAUUCUGUUAGAAUCUUUUUUGGGUUGGUGGCAGAACCGGGUUUUGACAAUGAGCCCUUAUUUGAUGUUUCUGUUGAAGGGACCUUAAUUUAUUCUUUGCCAUCUGGUUGGAGUAACCAUGAUGAUGAGCGAGCAUUUGUUGAAGCCCUUGUAUAUCUUACAAAUGGCACUGCAACUCUUUGCUUCCAUAGCACUGGUCAUGGGGACCCAGCUAUUCUUUCUAUAGAAAUUUUACAAGUUGAUGACAGGGCAUAUAACUUGGGCCUAAAUUCUGGCCAAGGAACUAUUCUAAAAACUGGAAAAAGAUUAAGCUGUGGUGCUGAGCAACCAAGGUUUGAUGUGGACUAUAGUGGGGACCUCUGGGGUGGAGAUCGGUUCUGGAAUUCAAUCAGUACUUUUGGACGGCAUUCUGAUCGUGUUAUAUUUACAAAAGAUAGCAUCAAACAGGCCUCACAGGCACCCAACUUUUAUCCAGAAACUCUCUAUCAGACUGCUAUCGUUAGUACUGAUAACCAGCCUGAUUUAGCGUACACAUUAGAUGUGGAGCCCACCAGAAAUUACUCCAUUUGGUUUCACUUUGCAGAGAUUGAUCCUCUAAUCAUUCAGGCAGGACAAAGAAUUUUUGAUAUUGUGAUAAACGGUGAUAUUGCACUUGCAAAUGUUGAUAUUGUGAAUAUGACUGGGGAUAUAAGUCGUGCUCUUGUACUGAACACUACUGUAGCUGUUGACGGGAGGAACUUGGCGAUAACCUUUCACCCACAAAGAGGCAGUCAUGCAAUAGUCAGUGCUAUUGAGAUCUUUGAGGUUAUCACAGCGGAGUCUAAAACCGACAUAGAUGAAGUUAGGGCUUUACAGACAUUGAAGACUGCACUAGGGCUUCCACUUCGAUUUGGGUGGAAUGGUGAUCCAUGUGUUCCACCACAGCAUCCGUGGAGCGGAGCUGAUUGCAAAUUUGACAAAAAUAGCAGUAAAUGGGUCAUUGAUGGACUGGUUCUUGACAACCAAGGUUUGAGGGGUUUCUUACCAAAUGACAUGUCUCGGCUACAGAAUAUACAAAGCAUAAAUUUAAGUGGAAACAGCAUCCAUGGAGCGAUACCUUCUUCACUUGGGACAGUUACCAGCAUAGAAAAAUUAGACCUAUCAUACAAUUUUUUCAAUGGAUCAAUACCUGAAACCCUUGGCCAGUUGACAUCAUUGCAGACACUGAAUCUAAAUAGCAACUCCCUCUCAGGAAGAGUUCCAUCUGCACUAGGUGGAAGACUUUUGCACAGAGCAAGCUUUAAUUUCACUGAUAAUUCCGGCCUAUGUGGAAUACCUGGACUACCUACAUGCGGGCCUCAUUUGUCUACGGGAGCAGUAGUUGGCAUUGGGCUAGGGGCUUUUGCAGCAAUAUUACUCUUAAUCACAUUCUUAACAUGUUGGUGGAAACGACGACAGAAUAUACUCCGUGCUCAGAGAAUCGCAACAAGAGAAGCUCCUUAUGCAAAGGCAAGGACCCAUUUUUCGCGUGAUGUGCAGUUGGUCAGGCAUCAUGCCCAUGAAAACACUCGUACAGCUGUUGAGAACGGGCCUAGCUUGCUUUCCUGAACUACGUUGACAUCAUGCUCUAUUCACAUGCUUUCUUCAGAAGCUGAUUACAAAAUCACUAAUCACGAUUGUUUUUGUAUUCGCUACUUGUGAAGUAAAAUUAUUUCACAAAGUGUUGCCCUUUGGGAAAUGCCAGGGAUGCAUGGAUAGAAGAAUCUUGUAUAUUAACACCCCCUCAUCCUCUCCUCUCCUGGGGAAACUCCUUUGUAGCAAUUAGCAAACUUUACAGUAUAUAGAGGAAUCAAUAUAGGAAAUGGCUUAUUUUGUUACUUAACGUGGGAGCUGGUGCUUGCUUAUAUUAUUGCUUUUUUCAAUUAUAGUGGUGCAUAUGCUGCAGACUCA